CGGGAGUCGCAGCUUUCAGUGCGAUGCUGCUGCCGGAGCUGCUGCUACUCGGCUUGGCCGUCUCCCUGGCGGAUAGUUACGAUCGGAGCGUGAACUACUGGGAAGCCUUUGCGCCCGGCAAGCUGCUUCAGCGUCUGGAUGCACUCACCGUCAGCGAUGUGGAUCAAUCGAAGGUGGCCAGGUUGCCCGAGAUGAUGCAACCCGUCUUGGCGGCCACCAAUCAAGCGCUGGCCAAGGCAGAUGAGGAUGUGGACUUGGAUGUGGAUGUCGAGGCGGAGGCGGAGGCGGAUGCUGCGGCGGACGACGUGGACAGUCUCAGUGCGGAGGCCAGCCACGAGGGAUUCUCCGGCGAGGACUACGAGCGCAACUACGAGCAGUUCGUCAAGGAGUACUUCGAUCGGGCUGCCGACAACCAAGACAACGACGCGGACCUGGAGGAGGAGACCCAGGCGGAGGCCACCAAUGUCAAGGAUCAACGCUGUCGGCGGGUCAAGCGGAAGGAUGGCCAGCUGUGCCAGAUCUGUCGCCAGUUGAAGAACAACGAGGUGUCGGAGACGUGCAGCUACUCGCAUGACGAUCAGCCGGAGCAGUAUGCCUAUGGCAGUGGCACCCAGUUCAAGCGCUACCGUAAUGAUCCCGCCGAGAGGAAGGAGGUGGAUGGACAAGAGGAGGAGCCGGUGGCACCGAGCAGCUUGUGCGUCCGUCGCCAGCAGGACAACAGGGUGUGCUACGAAUGCAAGGACAGCAAGGGCCAGAAGAUCGAGCGCUGCUACGAUGUCCACGCCCGCAAGGCCAAGACCAGAAAGAAGAAGGCGUCGUCCUCGUCAGCUCCCCCCGCUUCACACAAACGGAAGCCGCGCUCCCAGCAGUCCCAGCAGUCGGAGCAGGAGCAGCGCAUCUACAAGCGCACUAUCAGCUACAGCUACGCCCAAGGCACGGAUCAGCAGGAGGAGGAGCAUCCUCCGUCAGUUGGAACAACAACAGAUCUGCCGGCUCCACGCCAGCGUCGCCGACGGCUCGUGAAGAUUACGCGCCGACGCGGACCAGUCCGAGUCCAAUGAUCGUGUUCUGUUUCGCUCUCGAAUCGCCCUCAUUGCAUCCCCCACUCACUAGCUUAGAUUAAUUAUUACUCGCGUUUUUUUGUUACAAUAAACCAUUUUAUAAGACCACGUUGCAUACUUGUGGGCUAAUCAGCCAGCAAAGAUAGGAAAACGAAGGAAGGAUGAAACUAAAAGCUGUUUAAGAAGAGAUCCCAAACUGUACAAUGCAUAAAGUAUCAAAAAUGCUUUUGAAACAAUAAGAGAAGAUCCAAGAGAUUUAACUGUAGAUUUAAAUAAAAGGGAUUGCUUUGCAAAAAUACAUUUUGAAUUUCCUGAUACAAUAAUAACCAGGAAUUGUAUAUGAAAUAUAAUACCAUGACAAAUUGUAAUAUGGAGAGCAAUUUUUAAAGAUUUCAAAACAAAGCGAACAGCAGAUCCCUUUUCAAGAACAACAGAACAAAUUAAAGACCUGAGAAUUGUGUAAUAAAAAUAUUAUGUAUGAGAAAUAAAAAUGUGACAACGAAA